UUUGAAAAAUAUCAGAUGUAGUUAUUGUUUGUUAUUGUUAAGUAAUACCUAGAAAGUGAUUUUUAAGUUUGUACCUAAGAAGUCAUGCAGUUGCACAUAACUCAAAAGUUUCCGGGAGUAGUGAGGCUUAAACUGCUCGGUCAAGAGGAUGAGCAGGAGGAUGCGAACAGCUACAUCCCUCUUAGCAGAUUCAUCAAUGUCAUCGAAAGGGCCAAGACAGUGUCAAGUUAUACGUUUCCACAAUUGAUGUGUGCCAUUCAGACAGCAUGCAAAUCAAUUUCAAUUGCUUUGAGAAAGUGUGGGAUAUCGCAGAUGUUGACAUUGGAUAUAGAUAAAAACUUAAAAUAUUUGGAAAUAAACCGAAUGGAAAAAUAUUUUAAUGAAUUAUUUAUAAACUUAAUAUCAAAUUCAUAUACUUCAUGCUUGAUUGCUUGCAAAGACAAUGAUGAAAUUAUAAGAGUUGACCAUGAACAUGCAGGAAAAUACAUAGUCUUGUUCAGCACUACCGACGUUUCUAGGAGCGUUGAUUCAAGUUUAUGCAUCGGAACAACUUUUGCGCUGUACAGAAAAAGAGGAAGCACAAAAGUUGAAGACAAAGAUGUUCUUCAGCCUGGGUAUAAAAUGAUCGCUGGCGGUUAUGCGCUGUACGGAAUUUCGACCGUUAUGGUCAUUGCAUUCGAAGGUGGAUCAGUGAACAGUUUUACCCUAGAUAAUUCUAUAGGAGAGUUCAUGCUGACAGAGGAAAAUUUAAAAAUACCAAAAUCUGGGGAUAUUUAUAGCGCAAAUGAAGGAAACAUACAGUCCUGGGAUGCAAAUUUAGUUGAUUACUUAGAUAAGAAAAAAUCUGCAAAGGGAUUACACCCUUGGUCUUCAAGAUACAUCGGAAGUUUGGUAGGCGAUGUGCACAGGACAUUGAAGUUCGGAGGAGUAUAUUUCUAUCCACCUUCUAAAGAAAACCCAAAUGGAAAACAUCGCUUGAUAUAUGAAUGCAAUCCUUUGGCUUUUGUCAUAACCCAAGCAGGCGGUAUCGCUUCAAAUGGAAAAAUGCCGAUAAUAAACUUAGUACCGGAGAAAAUAAAUGAAAAAACACCAUUCUACUGCGGUUCCCAUGAUGAUAUGGAAGAAUUACUUAAAGCUCUUUCACCUUAAAUACCAAUUUGAGUGGAGAAAUUUUUAUGGAUAGAUAUUUUAAACAUUUAA